CCCUUCCCUUUCCUCUACCCUCCCAUUCAUAAAAACUCACUUCCCUCCCCCUCAGUGGUUGCAACACCAUAUCCAAAGCUCUGCGUCCACAGUCGCCUUACGCACCAGCGAGUGGAGAAUAGUGCAGGAGAUCCCGUCUCCUUUCGAUUACCGUGCUCAUAUUACUUCAUAACAUUUGGACUUAUCUUUACUGUGGAGCUACUCACUCACUGGGACUGGACUAUUGCCUGCGCGCAAACGUCGUGCGCAACGAAGGGAUGAGAAUUGUAUCCUGAAACCACAUUUUGCUAAAUGCUGCUUUAGAGUGAAGACGUGCAAGGCACCAGCCUACACAUGGAGUCCAGGGUUCCCCACCACAUCCCCGGAGUGUCCUCCUCUCUCAUAUCCCAGCCCCUCUUGGACAGCAGAGUGCCCUACGGCCGUCUUCAGCACCCUCUCACCAUCUACCCCAUCGACCAGAUAAAGUCCUCGCAUGUGGAAAACGACUACAUCGACAGCCCGGCUGUUGUCUCCCAGCAGCCACCAAGCCAGAAGUCUGUGAACCGUAGAAUCACCUGGCUUGGUCAGAAUCAGGAUGCUUUUCUUGGGGCAAACCACAACCACCAUCACAAUCAUCAACACCAGCAAGGCAGGUGUGAGCCCCACUCUCACCAGGAUACCACCACCCACCCUUGGAUUUCUUUCAGUGGGAGGCCCAGCUCCAUCAGCAGCAGCAGCAGCACCUCGUCUGAUCAGAGGCUGCUGGACCACGCUGCGCCUACCCCAACGGUGGACCACCAUCCAAACCUGCAUCCCCACCAGGGCCCCGUCAACACAAUCACAACCCAAACUCCAGGCUGCUUCCCUUCCUCUGAAUCAAAAGUCCUGACCUCCUCUUCCUCUGCUUCCUCCUGCUCAUCCUCCUCUAAAUCGCUGGACCUUAAGUCUGCAAAGAUGCCCGCAGGAGGCGUGUGCACCAAUGGAGGCCAGCAGGGUUUGGCGGUGAUCCCUUCAUCCCCGGCAGAGAAGAAGCACCUUGUUCUCUGUGAGCACUGCGGGAAGUGCCGAUGCACGGAGUGUACGCUCCCCCGAACCCUACCCUCUUGCUGGGUCUGCAACCAGGAGUGCCUGUGCUCUGCUCAGAGCCUGGUGGAUACAGCCACCUGCAUGUGCCUGGUCAAAGGGAUCUUCUACCACUGCACCGAGGAUGAGGACGACGAGGGCUCAUGUGCCGACAAGCCCUGCUCAUGUUCCCAAGCUAACUGUUGCGCACGUUGGUCCUUCAUGGCUGCCCUUUCAUUUGUCCUGCCUUGCCUGGUCUGCUAUCUGCCAGCAACUGGACUGGCCAAACUUGGACAGAAGUGUUACGACAAUGUUAGCAGGCCUGGCUGUCGCUGCAAGAACUCACAGGGCGGCGUGAGUGCCCCGGUGUGUAAAAACGGCGUGGAGGCAAAAGUUGGGACAAUAGAGAAGCAGCAGCAGCAAGGGUCAUGAUAGUGGACCAGACAGGCUAAUGGUUGCUUCACUAAAAAAUGGACAGGACCACACACUACUUGCUUGCUCUCUAUGGAUAGGACAAUCCAACACCAACCCCUUAAACUACCCCAUUAAUCUGCUGGAAAGUGACUUAUGUAAAACAAAGGUACUUAAAUGGCUUCUUGACCUUUGUUUGAUAGGGUGGAUGAUCAAAAGGGGCCUGAUCUGUGCGAGUCUGCUAGUAGGAAUAGAUAACAGGCCCCCUAAGAUGUUUUUUUUUUUUUUGUAAGAGUGACACAAGAAGAAGAGACUAGAUUGUGGGACUGGUUGUGUUGUUUUGCAAAGAUGGCUGAAGGCACAAAGUCAUUGUACCUCUCUGCUGCUCUGUAUUUCUUAGCUAAUUUUUGUAAUGGUAACUAACCAGAAGCUGGUGGCUGAUCCUCGGCUAACAUAAAAGUUAUUAGAUGGAGAUGAAUAUCUGUACGCCUCCCUCCCACCCCCCGAAAGCACAGCAUAGUGUGGGUAAAAACACUAAACUAAGUAAUAACCAAUAUUGUGGCUUUAUGAUAGGCCACUGCAAGAGUGGAAUCACCAGCUACUCAAUCACUCUCUCCACUAUUAUGAUGAUCAUCUUUGAGGUUUUCUCCUCUUUAGCUUGAAAGAUUCUAGCUUGAUGCUAACAAUUUAUCUUUAGUUUUAAUCUCCAAGGAGGAGCUGUAAAAAGCAAAUAUGUUUGAGACUUAAAGAUAAUAGUAAUUUCCCAUAAUACGUGUAGAGUAAGAGAGAGAGAUACUCACUUUACAGUGUUUUUCCUGUUGUUGGGGGGUGAAGUCCAGAUAUUAUAAAAGAUUUUGAAGGCUGUUCACCAAUCACCUCAGAGGUAAUGCAUGUCAUGACCUGCAUGCUCUAGUCUAAUGGUUACCCAAUGUGCUAGAAGUCGAUGUGUCGUAGAGAAAUGUGUAAAAAAGUACACCCAACCUUCUCAGGGACUGUUACAGUAAUCCUCUCUAGAACUUGGCCUACAGCAUGUUGAUUUCUAAACUGCCUAAGAGCCUGGUCUACUUCCUCUUUGCACAAUAAGGCAAAUAAAUAUUUAGGGGCAAAAAGGCAAUUGUGAAUAAUUUAAAACAAGUAAGCUAAGUGAGAGACAAGCUGGCCAGAAAAUAAUGUUUCCGGAGGAGAGGGGAUGCAAGUGAUAGAGAGUGAAAAGGGGGGAGAGAAGGCAUAGCAAAGUUGUUGUUGUGUUUGUAUGUAGUCAGCCUUUGUCAAAAUCAAUCCUGCCACUUGCACAACCUUUUUAGGAAGACGCAAACCCCUUAAAGGAUGUACUAAAGCACAGUAUUAACCACCUCAGCCAUCUCACAUUACGUUUGCGUGCACUACAUUUAGCCCACACCCCCAGCCCCCCUCUACACACAGUGUCUUCAUUAAACUCUAAUCAUUAUGCUGCAUAGCUGCGUUAGUCAGAUAGGUUGUCUUUUAUUCUUAAAGUCUAUUUGUGUGGCUUGCAUGAUGUUCUUAGGACUUUGCCAAAGGAAGCUAGGUUACAGUAGCUUGUUUUCGCUGUCUGAGUGAUCACAGUUGUUAGGCACUCUUGCCAAAUGGAGUUGACGGCAGUUGGUUCUUAAAGGCAUGCUGCCCUUUAAUACAGAUGGCCUUUUCUGUUUGGCAUAAAGGCAUACUGUCUUUGUUGCUGCAUAAUACACGCCUCUCUUUCAUGUUGGACACUUAACUUCCAUUAGGGCGCCUAACUUUGUUCAUAACCGUAUUUGUCUUGUUGCACAAAGCUGAUAUCACAGGAAAAAAAGGAAAGAAAAAACACACUAUCCUUAGUCUUGAAUGUAUGAGGCAAUAUUUUCAAAAACCUAGCAAUUCAGUCCGAGAGAAAGGUGCCAAAACUGAGAAUGAUUGUGUGAUUGGGCCAAAGCCUAAUACAUUAUAGGCAGGCGGCAAAAAUCACAAAUGUUUUGACAAUAUAUUUAGUAAUAGAGCUAUGCAGGUACAAUGUUAUUUGCUGUAAAUAGUUUCACAACAAUUGUGUUCUUUAGAAGAGACUUUUAAAUGUCCUUGAAAGAUUGCAUGGUACGUUAUAACUACAAUUCAGUACAAAAUAUAUAGAGAAUAUAUUAGAUAUAUAUUUUGAGGGUAAGAUUAAGAUGUUUUUGAGGUUGUGAGUAGAAGGAAAUAUUGAGUGUGGAGAUGGGAAGGUUCAGGGAGGGGUAACAAAGAUGACAGGUCUUUCUAUCACUAGCAUUUGAUUUAAAAAGUGUGCCCGGCAAUAAAAAAAAAAGAAGGAAAACAAAUUCCUGCUGUUUAUGCUAUCCAUGGCUCGUUAGCAGUCGAGAGGCUAAGCUAAUUCCCUGGUUCCUCUCCGAGUCCUAAAGACUGUGGACUCAUUGAAUCCACACAGGGAACACAAUCUACCCCUAUCCGGAUCAACCCAUUUCCUGCUGUUACUGCUCAGUGUCUCAGCUCUCCCCUCUUUCUCUCCUUCUUGCCUUUUUCCUCCCUCUCUUCACUCUUCUUCCCUCCUUCCUCCCUGAGAACAAGUUUAACAAACACCCCUGGCCUUGAUUGACAAACACAGCUGCUGUGCAUAAACGUGUCAUACCACAGAGACGGGAGAGAAAGACAAGCCUGUCUCUCUUCCUCUCCCUUUCUCGACUGUUUUCCCUCUCGAUUUGUAGUUCUGUGCCAUCAUUUUAACCAAUGGACCUCUUUUUUCAACAGUCGCUGCCUUUAUUUUAUUUCUCUGCUCUGUCACUGCACGUUAGCUUUAUACUUUUACAUGUGCUCGCUAGCCUGUUAAAGGUGUGGAAUAAUCAUCCAACAAUGACAACUCAAUCAUUAAAAACGUUAUUUUUCUUUUUUUUUUACCCUUUGCUACAAUGCUGUGACUUUUACACAUCCAUACCCCUUUGUGUCGCUCAAAUUUCGGGCACUGAUUUAUUUUAUUUUCAACCCAAAUGAAAGGAAAAGUCUCAUACAGCUGGGUGAUACUACUCCAUUCCUUUUAUGCCUUUGCAAUGUCAAUGUUGGGGAUUAAGAACGAAAUCCGUGCUUUUGUUUUGUUUAGAUAUAACAAAAAGAAAAAAAAUCUCAUAUAAAAGGUUCCCUUUAUAGAUAUAUUUAUUUUGAAGUUCUAUUUUAUAUAGUAUUUAUUUAGAUGCCAACCUUUUGUUUGUGAAGAAAGCUUAUGUCGAAAUGGAAUGUACAUUGACAAUGGAAAUAUAUAUUGUUAAAUAUA